AUGCUGGAAAUCGGUGUUCAACGCAAGGACGGAGUCGUCUCGUCGGAGGCUCGCAACGUCCCUAUUCCGGAACCGGCCGAGAAUGAAGUGUUGAUCAAGGUGGUCGCAACAGACUCGAAUCCAAAGGACUGGAAGGCAAGUGCACGGCCAGUGAAGAUCAACCAAGGCGACGAUAUCGCCGGCACGGUCCACAAAGUCGGGAAGAAUGUCCACGACUUCAAGCCCGGCGACAGAGUUGCCGCCUUCCAUCGAAUGUUCGCCCCGUCGGGAUCCUAUGCUGAAUACGCUAUCGCACCCGCUUCGACAACAUUCUUCUUGCCUCCUAAUACCUCCUUCGAGUCCGGAGCUACCCUCCCGCUUGCGAGCAUGACGGCUGCUUUAGCUCUUUACCAACACCUGGGUCUGCCGGCACCAUGGAACCCGGUGCCCAAGGGCAAGCGAGUGCCAUUGCUGAUCUACGGUGGGUCUUCGGCUGUCGGGACGUUUGCCCUCAAGUUCGCCAAACUGAGCGGUCUCGGCCCCAUCAUCACCAUCGCAGGCGGGGGUGCAGAAUUCGUCAAGUCCAUAAACGCUGCCGAUUAUAUCGUCGACUACCGCAAGAAGAACGUUGUGGCCGAUGUCCAGAAGAUCCUGGAUGAUGAGGGUGUCAAACUACACCACGCCUUUGACGCCGUCUCUGAACACGAUAGCUGGAAACAUGUCCUUGACCUUCUGGACAAGGAAGGUUCCGAGCGCGGAAAGAUUACCAUGGUCGAUCCUCCUGAGCCUAUGGUAUCCGAGUGGCCGCAGGGUCUUGAGUUCAGUCGGGUCUUUGUUUCAUCGGCAUAUGGGGAGCCGCAUCAAUGGUGCAACGAGGAGCAAGCAAAGGUCCAUCGAGACUUCGCCUACGUCUUCUACAGGUACAUGACGCUCCUCCUUGCUGAGGGUAGAUUCGUCCCACAUCCGUACGAAGUGCAGCCCGAUGGUCUCCUGGCGGUUGAAAAGGGUGUGCAGGCGCUGUAUGACAGGAAGGUCUCGUCGAAGAAGCUUGUCUACAGAGUUGCGGAUACACCUGGCCUGGACAAGUAUCAGUGA